AUCGUCGAGUAACCACGGUCGGGCGUUGUUUAGUUCACGCUUGUGCAUUCGUCGUGAUUCGGUUCAAAAUCGGUAUGUGUUUUAGUCUAUGCGUAUGUGAAAGAAUGACAAAAUAAUAAUUUUUGACCUGUUCAAGAACAUUUUCUAUUCGAUAUAUAAAUAUUAAACAACAUUUAUCUAGACGAAAAAACUCAAUAAUUAUAAUAAAUAUUAUGUAUAUAGGUAUGGCGAUUUGUUGAUAUUGUAAAUUAUUCGAAUCGUGGGCAUAUAAUUACUAUAGAAGUAGCAGUGGAUUGAAAUAACGCGCCGCCUCAGUUUACUUUGACGCCAAGAGAAUUAUCGAUAAAGUCGUCGUUCUCUGUUUUUCGUUCUACUCGGAGAAAAUGACGAAAGGCGGUUUGUCGCCGGUGCUCGUCGAACACGGCGGCAACAAAAUGGACGGGAAUAUCGUAGCCACGACGCCGACGGCCAAAAAGCGUGGUUUCUUCAGCGGUUCGUUUCGGCGUCGCCGGACAUCCGAUAUAAAAAUCAAUGACACCAUAAUUAUUAACGAAAACGUGGUGUUCAACGGUAACAAUAAGAACGGCGUCGGUGCCACGGAUGGUGGAAAGGCCACCGAAAACGGCAAAAGCGCCGUUGUCGUCGAACAUCAACACGCCGUAAACGACAAAAAACCACCGUUGCAAAAGAAAGAGUCCGCAUUGGACGUAAAAAAAACAGCGCCGGUAGCUGUCCAACAACAGAAGGCCGUGGAAAGCAAACAGCAACAAUCUGACAAGAAGAAAAUUGCAGUGGAGGACAAGAAAAAUGCUGCGGAGGACAAGAAAAAAUCCGUGACAAAAAGAGGUAAAACUUACUGCAGCGGUUGCAAGAAAAAAUGUUCUGGUGAAGUACUUAAAAUAAAAGGUGAUAAAUACUUUCACAAGGACUGCUUCAAAUGCAAAAUUUGUUGCCAUUCAUUAGUGCAAGGGUUGUUUUUUUCUGAAGAAGGUAGCUGGUAUUGUCCUGAUGAUUACCAAAAAUUAUUUGGUAAAAAAUGCACCGUAUGUAAUGAUUAUAUAAAAGAUGAAUUGGUUAUUGUAUUGGAACGAACGUAUCAUCAGCAGUGUUUUACAUGUUCUCAUUGCCGACAACCUUGUCCAAAAGGAGACCUAGUCACAUAUGUAGGAAAUUCUAUUCUUUGCUCCAAGUGCAAGGAAAUUCCUGUUAAACGACCAGCAUCUGCACAAUCUAAACAAAAUAGCACUAAUGAAACAGAUUGUGCUGAAUGUGGUGACGACCUAAGGAACGGACAAGCACUUUAUGCUUUGGACAGACAGUGGCAUAUUUAUUGCUUUAAGUGUCAUGAAUGUUCUGCUGUGCUUCAUGGUGAAUAUAUGGGACGGGAUGGUGUUCCUUAUUGUGAAAAAGAUUAUCAGAAGCUCUUUGGAGUCAAAUGUACGUACUGCAGUAGAUUUAUAUCUGGAAAAGUCUUGCAAGCCGGUGAUAAUCAUCAUUUUCAUCCAACAUGUGCAAGAUGUGCCAAGUGUGGUGAUCCAUUUGGGGAUGGUGAAGAAAUGUAUUUACAGGGCGGAGCAAUUUGGCAUCCACGUUGUGGGCCUAGUCCAACUGAAAAUGGCACCAUAAUAAAUGGAGGAUCAAGUGCCAUGCUCAACGGACAUUGCAAUGACCCUGAAGAGUAUGAUCGAAUCAGUUGCUCAGCUGCUAGUGAAACUCAGUUUUCAUUACGGUCUCGAUCUCGUGCUUCAAGCUUUAAUGGUUCAUGUUAUAAUGGUUCAUGUAAUAGCAUGAGUAGAAAGCACUAUUAUCGUGAUAUACCUGGAAGUCCAGGACUAUUGCUUCGAGAAUAUAAAACGUCCAAUGUGCCUAUUAGUCGUAUCUAUACUUAUAGCUACUUGACUGAAGAGCCAACUCAAGGAUAUUUGAAACGCCCAAUCGACCCAUAUGAUAAGCAGCCAACAUCGCCUCAUUUCCACAGACCAACAUAUUUUUCAGCUUGUGGUAGUGUACGUGGAAGUAGUAAGUGCUCAACUUUACGUUCAGCUGGCAGUCGUUCUGGUAUGAAAGCUUUGGUUGACAGUAUUAGAUCAGAGACUCCUAGACCAAAAUCACCUCAUAGUAUGAACAAUGAAGAGCCCAUAGAAUUGGCUCACUACCCUGCUGCUAAACCACCAGCACCUGGUGAAAAACCAAAAAUUGAAAGGGAUGAUUUUCCUGCUCCUCCUUGUCCAUAUACUGAUCCAGAAAAACGUAAGACGUGGUUUGAAAAUUAUAAAGGUAUAUCAGAUGAUGAAGAUGAAGUUGAUCAAAAAAUGAGUGCUGAUAAAGCAAUAGAUCCUAAACUAAAGAAAGAAGAGGAAGAAUUAAGUAAAUUAGGAUCAGGAAUUGGAAAAGUAUUUUUGCAAGAAGUUCGUGAACGCGAAAAACAUCAAAAGUGGAAAGUUUCACAUAUGGAUCCUCGUAAUGCUUCAAGAUGUCCUUCUGCUGCUCGGGAACCAACUUAUCGUCUUAGAUACCAGUCACCAAUUAAUGCUUCACCAUCCCGUAAUUUGGAUCAUCAAAGACCAUGGGAAGAAGAAGGUUAUUUAGACUCAAGUUACAGAUCAUCAGUUGGACAAUCUACUGGUGCCAUUCCCAGUUACAACACAUACUAUCAUGGUCAGCAUGGGUCGGCUAUAAUGACGAGGGGCGCCCGCAAGUCGUGCACUCUUCCGGCCGGCUUCCACGGUGGCCCUGGAAAUUAUGUCAGGGAUGGGUUUUCCAUAAACGGCUUAGACAAUAAAACACUUAGCACAGAUUUUAACUGCGCUAGGUCUGACGUUUCUGCCGGAUCUAUAUCUGAAGUGGAUCAAGGCAACACGUGUUCUGAGAUACCAGCAUCAUCUACAUUUACUGGAUCAUUACGCUAUGUCACUAAUAUUCAUCGUUCACUACCCAACAUGUCUUCGUCGCAUCACAGUUCUGAACCUCCAAAAAUUUAUCCUUAUCACUUGUUACUCAUCACAAAUUACAGGCUGCCCUCAGACGUUGAUAGAUGUAACCUUGAUCGUCACUUAUCGCCCACAGAAUUUGAAGCAGUUUUCCAAAUGUCACAAGCUGAGUUCUAUCAGCUGCCUAAAUGGCGCCGCAACGAAUUGAAGCGUAGGGCACGCCUGUUUUAAUUUUACAUUCGCUUGCUGCCUUGUAUUAGAAACAAGGCAAACAUUUAUUAGGCUUCUUGGUUAUCAACUUUAUCUUUAACAGCUAAACUAUUAU